AUGGUCACUAAGGGUGAUACAGUUGGAUUGGUUGAAAAGCUCUUGAAUAGGGCAGAGCAUUUGAUAAAUAAUUAUAUUAGCAAGGAAUAUAAAAGUGAACAUUUGGUGGCUUUUCUUGCUUGGAUGAAGCUAUCGGAUAAGUCAACAGAGAUACAAGCUUGCUUGGCCGCGAUAGCUAAAGAGCACAAG